GAGGAUACACUAACAAUAACAAAAGCAUGUGAAAUUGAAAUUAUCAAUAAAGUUACGACACUUCGAUCGCGAUUAUUUCAUACAUUUACAGCUGUAACAGUGCAAGUGAUCGUGUGUCAUGUUUAGGGUUCUGCUUCGCCUAUCCCUUGGAAUUACUGGCUCACUGCCGAAACGGUAUUCCAAAGCUGUUAAUCUACCAUCGUCACAACACACGGCAACAUCGAACAACCAAAGAAAAUUAAAGUAUCCAACCAAAGUUCCGCAGGCACCACAUGUUUCUGGUCUAACAAACGGAACCGCCCCCAUCCGGAUCGAGGUAGACGAACAAACGGUUCAGCUGCUGGAACGGCUAUCCCUAGUCGAUCUCGAUAGCAAAGAAGCUCACAAAACACUAGAGGAUUCAAUUGAAUUCGCUUCCCGUAUUCUUGCCAUCGACACGGAAGGAGUAGAACCUUUCUACACCGUACUGGAGAAUCAGAAACUAAGUCUGCGGGAAGACGUGGUUUCGGACGGAAACAUUCAAUCGGAUGUGCUGGCAAACGCUCGAAUAACCGAGGAAGAAUACUUUGUAGCACCACCGGGUAAUAUCCCACUCGAUCAGCAGGAUCCAAGCGGGGAUAUUCCAAACACUAAACAUUAG